UUGGUUGCGGCGGAGCAGCAUGUAGUGAUGCUAAACAACUCGGCCGAGCCGCGCUGCGGUCGGAUUUGCGGCUAUGGAAGGCUUUGUGGAGGAAAGCGGCUGGCCGUGCGUUGACAAGCAAGCAAGGCGCGUGGAGUGCGUCUCCGAGUUUAUGGACUUUGUGUGCUCUGGGGAUCACUCCAAGGGUCACAUCUGCACCCUCAGCGAUGGCAUCGCCAAGCUGAAGCUGGACGCCUCCAUUCCGGCAACCCUGCUCCAGGCGUGCAGAGGGAAGUCAUCUUCAGUUGAAGCUGUCCUUGAAGCAAUCCAGCAAGAAGGCGGGCCCUGGACCGGCGAGCUCUUUUGGUGGCCGCCUGGGGAGUCCCACCGCGAGGAGGUGUGCGGAGACGACUUGGGUGACAAGCUUCUGAGAUACCGCCCCUUCUCCGAGCCUUGCUAUGUCGCGGAGCUGCGAGGAGCUGAAAGGCUGCCGCGGGGGUCUCAUGAACUCACCGACACCCUGACGAGCGUUGACGUCAAGGACUCAGGUCCCAGAUUGCCUUUCUGGGACCGGGGCCAUGGCUUCGUGGGCGCAGCCGGCUCUGGCCUGGGCCUGCACGUGGACCAGGCCUGGUGGAGCAACAUCGCCAAGAACUUCUUGGGCUACAAGCUGGUGGCCAUAUGGGGCCCAGGUUCUCCGGUCCUCGACACCUGCGGCGGGGAGCUUUUCCGGAAGCCUUUGAGCUGUGGCCAGCUGAAGAGUCUGGAAGCCGCGUCUUCUGUUGCGCUGCUGCGGCCGGGGGACGUGGCCUGCCUCAGCGGAGACGUGAAGUUUGGCCAACCUCCAAAGCUGGCAACAGAGGUGCUUCCAAUGCGUGAAGCAGUCCAGAGCACACUGCCGGAGCUGGUCCGCGCUGUUGCGCGGCUGCUUUACAGUCCAGUCCUCUAG